UGAAAUCGUACACUCGUUUAUUUCUGAUUUUUGCUAAAACAAAUGAGAUAUUUGCGUUGGCAAAUUAUAUUAUCAAACAUAUGCAAAUUAUUCGAGCAUACACAUUUGUUUACAAUUUGCAAACAUAGUAAAAUGGUGAACAAUUAAGACACACAAAUAACUUGAUUAAACUAAUUAAGUUGUUAGCGCUAAUGGCCUUAAAGUUUUUAGAAACCAUACCCGGGUACUUGGAAUGUGUUACUGGAAUUGAGAAACUAUACCCUGGUACUUGGCAUGUGUUGCUGGAAUUGAGAAACCAUACCCAGGUACUUGGAAUGUGUUGCUGAAACUGAGAAACCAUACCCAGCACCCGACGCCGACGUAUUAAGAGACUGGUAUAGCUGGCACAUGGCAUGUCAUCGUAACAACCAGACCAUGCUCAGCUGGCCGAUGUGGAUGGAUCGCGGCCGUCCUGACCUGAAUACCACAUAUCCCGUUUGGCUCUACGGCGUUGAAGUCGAUCUACUCACAGGCCUUAGAACACGUCUGAAGCUAGUUUAGCAAGAGCACAUCAUGUCUGAAACAGACCUUGAACAAUUUGAGACAGUGCGCGUUGGUGCCCUCAGAGAUGAACGUGAAUACAUACAGAAAAAAGUGUUCACUAAAUGGGCAAAUUCCGUGCUAGAAAAGGCUGAGCUCAAAAUCAAUGAUUUAUUUGAAGAUUUACGUGAUGGAAUAAUUCUCAUAAAGCUGCUUGAAAUUAUCUCGAGGCAGCCUAUUGGCAAGCCUAACCGAAGAAACUUGCGCGUUCAGAAGGCUGAAAACAUCAACAAAUGUCUACAAUUCCUCAGAACUAAGGUGAUCGUUGAAAAUAUUGGAGCAGAGGACAUUAUGGAUGGCAACCGUCGACUUACCCUUGGCCUCAUCUGGACGAUCAUCCGUCUCUUUACUUUUCGGGAUAUAAAACCAGAAACGGAAGGUGCUGCUGAUAAGAGCAUUGAUACAAACUCUGCCGCUAACGCCCUGCUUCUCUGGUGUCAGAGGAAAACAGCUGAGUAUCACGGUGUGCAAGUUACCAAUUUUACUAAUAGCUGGAGUAACGGGCUCGCGUUCAAUGCUCUUAUACAUGCACACAGGCCAGACUUAGUAGAUUUUAAGAAGUUGGUUGCUGCAGACCACGUUGGUAACCUUAACAACGCCUUCAAUGUCGCAGUUAACGAGCUUGGCAUUCCAAAUAUCCUCGAUGCUGAAGAUGUGGACACGGCAAGUCCAGACGAAAAAACAAUUAUGACAUAUGUAGCCUCAUAUUAUCACUACUUUGCCAGGAUGAAGAGUAAAAUGGUAGAGGAUACGAAAAAUGCCGAGGAUCAGAAAGGGGCUAUCCAUCGUCCGAGCAAGGGGACAAUAGACACGCCGGCCACACAGCAAGAAAAAGCAGCUAAAACCCCAACAAGAACCAAACCGAUUUAUGUGGACAACAGAAAUGUGGGUCAGAAGCCCCCGGCCCCUCCUCCGACCUUCAAGCUGAAUUUUCGAAAGUCACAGGCUCUGCAGGCGGCCAACAAUCAGCAAAAACCAUCACUGGAAAACAUAGACAAACAGGUGCUCUAUGCGGUGGACGACCACGCUAUACAGGUAUCAAAGAGUGACCACAGCAACGUACGAGAGCUGAUAUGGGACCUGAUAUAUUCCAAGAAUAUCAUCGACGAGCUCGAGAGAGUAAGAGUUAUCUUUCGCUGGUUAGCUACAAAGAACUUGAAUGAAAUUUCGUUCAUUGACGUAGAGCCCGGCAGCCCGGAGGAGGUGCUCAUGGGAUUGAAGACACGCAAGACCUCCUACGCAAAGGUGUUCGAUACCAUGUGCAACAACGCAGAACUGCGCUCAGAAAUAAUCAGAGGCUACGCGAAGGGAUUCGACUACCUUCCGGGGCAGUCGUUCACGCCCGGACAGCACGAGCACUCGUGGAACGCUGUGAACAUCUUCGGGACAUGGUGCCUCUUCGACGCCAAUUGGGGCGCGCGCGUUAUCAUCGGAGAGCAGGACACGGAUGAAAAUCUCCACUAUCGGCUCGACGAAUAUUACUUCCUUGCGGAGCCAGCGCAGCUGAUAUAUUCCCAUUUUCCGGUCGAUCCGAAAUGGCAGCUUCUGGAAGGAUCAAUAACACUGGAGCAAUUUGAGAACAUGCCACGUGUGUGGCGUCAGUUCUUCAAAUAUGGGCUUGAGUUCGUCAGCCACCGUACAGCGGUCGUGCAUGGUCGCGGGGAGAUCAACAUCAAACUGCGUUACCCCGAAAACAAACCGUGUGUGGCCUUCAGCUUCAAUAUACAUUUUGAGAACGGUGACAAGGAGUACAGCGAUGUCAAGCUAAACCGCUAUAUCAUGCAUGAGAAUAUCAAGUGUGUGGCUUCGUUCAGACUCCGCCUUCCACAAAAUGGCUCGUACUAUUUCAAGAUCUACUGCAAAGAGAACUCACCAGCCAACAAGGACAACGUUUACAAAGGAGUGUGCGAUUACAAGAUAGUUCAGGAGGAGGUGGUGGGCCAACAAACUGCGCCCUUCCCAAACUGUUCUGACCGCCAGUGGGGCCCUGGGUCGGACUUCCUCAGGUAUGGACUGGAAACAGAACAGCAGACGGCGACAAUUUUCACUCGGAACGGGAAGGUCGAGCUUUGGUUCAGAGUUCCAAACACGAUGCAGUUCAAGGCAAAGCUGAAGCACAAUUGCAGCUCGGACUCUGAGCUCGAGGGCUACUGCAUGUACAGGAAAGUAGGGAACACGGCUUUCGUCAACAUCACCGCACCGGCACGCGGCGAAUACGGUCUCGAUAUCUACGCUAACGACCCAUCGUCGGAGGGCACUAGUCUGGUCCACGUGGCGCAGUAUAUGAUCGAAUGCAAGGAAGACGUGAAAGCCGAGCCUUUGCCGAAACUGCCCGGUGGUUAUCUGGGCGAGCAACCUAAAUUCUGCCAAUUCGGCCUCAAUACGCUGAGCCAUCAGAACCCAGUCAUUGAACUUGAGAAAAACUCAGUUGAGAUCCAAUUCUCAUUCGUCCAGAAGAUGAUGACAAAAGUGAAACUGGUUGAUGCCGUGUCCAACGAGGACUACCCAGAUUUUGUCUUCACUCAAACACAUGGAUCAGUCAUUAGUAUUUUCGUCGUGAUACCCAACACGGGCUUCUACAAGCUGCAGAUUUACGCCAAUCCCGACUCAGAUGCAAGCAAUCAGUUGGCGGGGAUGUACAAUUACUUGAUCAACUGCAAGAAGAUUACCCAGCCUGUACACCCUUUCCCCAAGAAGUACUCCAAGUGGAAUGAAGGCUGCUACCUGGAGACGCCACUGUCGUUGCACCGUAACAGCGGUGACGAGGUCCUGUUCAUUGUUGUCGUUCCUAAUGCAACGGCUGUCGCGGUUAUCGCGGGCGAAGAGUGGACCUACUUGCAGACUACGCAGCCGAGCAUCUGGGAGGGCAAGGUCAAACUUGAAUCAUUUUACGGCCAUGGAGCAGAGGUCACCGUGAACGCAAAAUACGGUGAAAAUACUAAAAGUUACAAAACGUUGCUAAAAUAUACAAUUUAACUUGUUGUGUCGGAUAAAUACCCAGGAUUUUUUUUAUUUUACAUCUGCAAACUGGAUGUUUUAUUCUCAAAAUAAAAAUGUGCAGUUUGUUGUUUUAUUUCAGGUAAUAUCAUUUGUGCAUUUUUCGUAUUUUUCUGUUGUUUUAUCUUUUUAAUAAAUGUAUAACGGUAUGGUUUGUGUCCUUGCACAUAUAUGUUAAUGUUGUGUUCUAAUUUUCAUUUUCAAACCUGCAAACUCUGUGUGUAAAAUACUUUCAAAAUUAUUUUAUUUUUCGUUUAUAAGGCUUAACAUCAACAUCUUUUUACAUUUCAAAAAUCCUUGCAUAAAUGUGUUAUGAUCAUUCUUUUUGGUUGAAUUAUUUAUGUUUAUUACAAUAAAAACACAAGUAUUACAAGAAUUGUCGACACAAUAUCAUUUGUUGCUCUUAUUAUGCAAAUUAUUGUAAAAUACGACACUCGCAUAUAUAUAUGUUUGUUAUUUAACACAUGUAUUUUUGUCAUAACCAUUGUUAAGCAGAAGUGGUGUUGGUGUUGUUGUAUUAUGAUAGAGAAUGAAACUUUUAAGGACUUUAUCGGAUAGUUGUAUUUCAGCGUUAGAUCUGUUGAAAUAAUGGUCAUUAUACCUAUUACAUGCACUAUCUACAAACCAACGAAAUUACUUGUUGCUAAAACAUUUCCCAGUUACCGUCAAUUUAUCUUUUUUUAAUCAAUGAAAGCAUUUUUGUUUGAUAUCCUACAUAAGCAGAUUCGUUAAGUUGUCAAAUACAUAUAUGGGAUGACAUCAUCUGUGCAAAUUGAUUAUUUCUUAAAACUAUAUGAUUAUAUAUGUAAAAAGCUUGCUUCAAUAUUAAAUGCACUCUUGAUUUUAUGAAUUGCUUGCAGAUCUCCUACAUUAUUAUGAGCUUUAUUUGCUAUUAUUCAGCAUAUACUUGAGAAUCAGUCAUGUCAUAAUAAAUGUUAACACACGUUUUCGUUUGCACAAGCUUUCUGUUAAAUUAAUUUCAAUACUCAAGAUCAACGAAUAUUUCGCAAAAUAUUUCGUAAAAUAAAGUUCACCCAUAAAAUAUCAGUGUUCUUUAUAGCAAUUGCAAAACUCGCAACGAUAGAUGUGGAAUGAUAACAUAGAUUUUAUGAGAUACACAAUGCUCGUUUUUAUUUUUUUGGCACAAAGUAUUGAAUUUUAAUUUCCCGCAACGAUGACUAUUCACACGAACACUACCAUGGUACAUUAACAUUUGUUGAAUAUAUUGUCCCACAUAAAACAAAACAUAGCAUUUUAUUUCUUGUUAAAUCUAUUUUACCACGUCACAUCUAGCGUUGAAAUAUUGCCUAUUGCUAUUAAGGAGCAUUGAUUUUUAGUUAUUCGCUUGCGAAGGACUAAGGUUAUGAGUGUGCAUUUCAAGUCAGUCUGCUUUUGUCUACGCUUGGAAAGAUAACCACCUGUGCUUCGCUAGGAACGAUAAUCUGCCUGUUUAUACUAUACCACUGGUACACUGCAGACAGCAGUGAGUGUAUGCAAUAAAUAUGUGUUUAACAGCUUGUUGGACGACAUUGGCCAGUUUGUCAUUGACAUCUGUACAUAUUGGCUGCUUUGAGGUAAAACGGGGCUUAAUGUAUGUCAAAUAAGUGGUGUCCCAGAUUAGCCUGUGCACACUGAGUAGCCUGUGCACACUGAUAAGACUGCGCAAUGCACGCAAGCUAAUCAAGGAGGACACUUUCUGAUUUUAUGGUGUUUUUCGUUUAAAGAAAGUCUCUGGUACUGGGAUGACAAUUAAUGCAUAUGCAUUAAUCCCUGUUUUUUUCCAAAAUGAAGCUUAAACUAUCUUUUAUAUUAAUGAUUUGAAAAAGGAUCACAGUGAUAAUAACUUCAAAGUAACCUCGCUGACAAGGUAAAUCACUUUUAAAUCAAAUUAACAACCAAUAAGUUAUACAUUUUUACCUUGUGGCAUUUUUAGUAAACAUCUAAAAGGAACCUUUUUACAGUUUUUCAUUAAAUGCUUAAUAUUGAUAAAUGUAAACAUUGGAUCUUAAAAGCUCCAUUAAAACAAACACAAGAAUGAAAUUAAAGAAACAAAAAAGUUACCCUCAACUGGGCUCGAACCACUGACCCCUUGAAUAAAAGUCUAUCGUUUAGACCACUCUGCCAUCCGUGCUCAUACAAUGAUAGAUGUAUUUUAUACUUUAUAUAAGCAAUCCUCGUAAUAUGAAAAAAUAUAACGACAACAACAGAACUCUCAAAAUUAUUAAAUCGUUUAAUUUUUUUAAUUUACCAAAACUUGCAAAGGUCACUUUAAUGUGUUCGGACAUGCAAAUUGAAUGAGUUCAAUACACUGUCCGAAUUUACAUCAUGAAUAACUUACAGGUUUAGUGGUUGCCUGUUAGCCUGGGGCCAAUAGAUUUAAGCCCAUAAAACUAAAUUUCAAAAGUUGUUUACAGUUGGGCUAAAGAGCAGGGCUCCUUUUUAAAGCUUGAACAACUCAAUCCAAUUAAACAUAGAAUACAAAUUGGCGACUGUGGAUCAAUUAGGCCUAGGAAAUGAUUCAAUUCCGGCUCACAACAAGAAAUGAUGCAUUAAAAGUAUGUCAUGUCGGCAAAAUAGUUACUCAAUAAUUUAAAGGAAAUAAAUAAAGUAUUAGAUACACAUAACACAACAUGAACAUGAUUCUAGGCUUGUUAAAAUUUAGCAAGGCAACCAAAAUUAUAAAGAUGGUUGCCAGUGCAGCAACCAAUUGCGAAAAAGAGAUAUAUUGUUGUUAUUUUGGCUACGUUAUCUCUAUAACAUAAAUAUGAGAACAAACAGUGCACACACAUCUCGACCUGUGCUUUAAGAUACACUCUUUAUAAAUUUGAAUCGGUUGUGUUCAUUUCAAACUUGCGAUAUAAAAAGCUUAACAUAAUUUUGAAAACUGAGUUGCGUUUAAGAUUAUGCAAUAGCGAAGAACUUCAGUGCCUUCAGCGCUUUGAUUUUUUAUGUGUUAGCUUUUCUUUUCGAAAUAUUGUUCGAACUAUUCGUUUAUGUUGAGUGUGUAUGGGCUUUCAAUAUAUGGUCUAUAUUUUCAACACUUCGAUUUGUGAAUUAAAUUGCAUUGUUUUACAAUAUCAAUAUUAAGUCAUUGUUGUAUUUUGAAUUGUUGUAUGUUAUGAUUUGUUUAACUUUGUGUGUAUAAACUUAAACUAUUCUAUCAGUUUCAUGACAAUAUUGGCAGAACUGAUGGAAUAAUUUAGUUAAAAUGUAAAGUCGUUAAUUAUGAGAUACUUGCCAAAGGUUUUAGGCUUUUUAUGUAAACAAACUGGACUUUACAUUACAGUUUAAUUCGAAAUUUAAAACUUUUGAUACAACACCUAAUAUUUGUAAAAUUUACCAGGUAAAGAUUUUGUUUUUAUUUAGAACUUUUUAAAUUAAAAAAACCCAUUAUUUUCGGUGUUCUAUGUAUUGCAUGACUUUGUUUUGCUGUUAAUCUUCUUUAAGAUUGUAAUUGUAUCAUAAUGUAUGUUUGUCUAUACAUAUUAUUUCUAUAUAUUAAACAGUCUUCUGCCUCGCAUGUAAUAAACAAUUAUCUGCUGCAA